AUGAAUAUCUUUUUAUCUGGUGAUGGUAGUUCAGGCUGUAUGUCAACGUCGUCGUCUUCGUCGUGGGAAAAGGUGCUUGACAGUAUUGUUGGAUAUCGUGAAGUCGGGCAUGGGGCGAGGUCAAGUCAACUGUUGGAGGUUUGGUACUACCUUUGGUUGAAAGAGAAAAAGGAACAGGGCAAGAAGGCUCAGGGUGGUGGUGUUGGUGGGUUUUUGGCUGGGCCCUCGGGAGCUAAGGCUUUCAUUGAAUUGAGAGAUGGAAAGCUGAGUUGGCUAAGAAUGGAAACUCACGACCAUUCAGCAUCCAAUGCCUACUACCUGUAUUACGCUCCUUCAAAUUCAAUGGCUGGUGGACUACGUUCUUCGUCUACACAACAACACGAAAUGACCGAACGCACUGCCAACACAUAUGUAAAAAGAGCCGCGGACGAGGGAGAGACUGUUCGCUCAAAACUAACUGACCAGAAUGUCAGCAUUUACCCGCUCAAGCCUCGAACUCAACUCAAUAGAUGCCCCCAAGGAGUCACCUCCGAUAUGGAAGCAAUGUGGCUGCAGAUGAUGAAAGAAUCGGAGAAGCGAGCCUGA